AUGCGCAAUUUCCGGGAGGCCCUGGGCAUAGUCAAGGAAGAGAAGGAAAAGGCUCUCAAGGAACUGGCUUUGAUCCGAAAACACAACACUCAUUUGGUAGACUCACUCGAUAAAAGUGUCGACUCGAUAAUGCUCAAAGACAAACAAUUGAAGGAUCUCCGAUUUCAAUUGGAACAAACGCGGGGGGCACUUGAGUGUGCAAAGAUGGAGGCAGCCGUACGUCAAGCCUGCUCUGAGAAUCGGGUCAAGACUCUGCGAGAGGAAAUUGAAGCUCAGAAAGCCGACAUUGAAGAACUUCGAGGUUCAAACGAGGAUCUGAAGAGCGUAGUCCAAAAGCUUUCGAAAGAGGUUCGACACCAACAGGAUCACAUCGCUCUCCGAUACAUAGAACCAGAGUCGGCGGAGAAUCAUGCUAUGGAAGCAUUGCGAAAGGCGAUCAAGGAAAGUCAAGAGGCUAAACGUGGUAAGUAUGUCUCUGUGGCCCGUGAACGAAGUCUCAAUAACCUUGAUGGUCAUUCAGAGCGGCAUCGGAUCUCAAAAGAACGCAUUUGCGCCAUUGUGGAUGUACCAACAGGUUUAUAUCACUCCUUGAAAACCAAGCUUCUCCCCGAAGGCAACUGCCUUUCAAACAAAUCAAUUUCAGACAAACCAUCUCCCGCAGCUGUAUCGACCAAUUCCUCUAGGAUACUGAGGAAAGGCAAAGUCGUCGAGCACACAGGCUUUGCAUACCCAAAAGAACAUACCGUUCCGGAUUGCAUUCCAGAGCCAGUUGGUACCCUCACAGCAACCGCGGCACCCAAUAAAGUGUUGAGUGGCGAUGGCGUUGUGGUAGAGAAAACCACAGCAGAAGAUCUCCUGCUGCGUCACCUACUCUCGAACCGCUGCUCGAGCACCGCGGGAGAACAGCAACAACGGUGGGCUGCUGCCCACAACACCCUGCGUGGCGUUGUCAACACAAGGAGUAGCGGCAGCGGGGUAAAACGCACAACGUGCUGCACCGCAGGGCAAUGGAGAGUGGUGGGGGCGGCUCAAAUGCGACACCACACAACACUUCACUUCAUUGGAGACGCAGAGCGGCAGAUACGCAGGGUCGGUGAAGAGGGUUGCAGCGGCGGGUGGAGAGCAUGCCACGCAAAUGUUGUGGUCAGCGUAGAAGGCAGCGGUGGUGAUUUGGAUGCCAGCACAGGCAUAACGCUGUAUGUCGUGGCGGGCAGCAAGGCUUC